AUGCAUGACUCUUUGGCAACUUUUUGGAAAGAAGUAAGAACAAUAUUUCGAAUUGAAAAUCUAAUAUUUCUCUAUUGAAACCAUAUGAAACCAAAUUAAAACAGUUACUUAACAAAAGAUCUUUUUAUUCUGAUUAGUUAUUCUACUUUUCAUAAAAAUCUUCGGCUCGAGACGGAAAAGAAAAACAUCAUGCCCCCGAAAGGCAAAGUUCCUACCAAGGGAGCUAAGCAGAUACUGACAGAGAAUGCAUCAACAGUUAGUUUCUACCGCAACAUGGCUCUUGGGGCUGGGUUGGCGUACAACAUUGUUACUCUCACAUUUUACUAUGAGAGUUUAUCUGCCGGAGUCUUAUUUAUGAAUGCCUUUGUAAUAGGCAUCUACAUUUUAUGCUACCAAACCUUGAUGUACAUCAUUCGGCCAACUUAUGAUGAAAACAGCCAACUUUUGAACCCUGGUGUAGACUUGAACAUGGAAGGUGGGAUGGGCGAGCACGUGAAAGAUGUUGUAAUACUGGCCUCAAUCACACACCUGCUUGCAAUCUUCUCCAACUACUUUUGGCUACUGUUACUCUUCCUGCCACUGAGGGCGUUCUGGCUACUUUGGACCAACAUCCUUGGGCCGUGGUUCUUCCAAGAAGCACCAGCCGAGACAGAACUAGACGAGAAGAAGAAGAGGAAAAUGGAAAGGAAAAUGAAUAGACACUAUCAGUAGAGCAAUACUUUAUCCUUUAAUAAAAUUUAUCCUUUAUAGAGGGCCGGUUUUAAGUGGAGCUUGAAGGAGAUGUAUACAGACAAUCAAUCUAAUAAAAAUUCUAGGUCCUUUCAUGUUCUUAGUAUACAUAAACAAUUUACCAUACGUAGUCCAAAAUACUUGCGAUAUAGUACUAUUUGAUGACGAUA